GCAUUAGAAGGAUCACAGUUGGCGAUUGGCUCUCAGUUACCGGGAUGUUAGGAAUAAAUGAAAGUCAAUUCCCUAUAUAAAGGGUGGUUUUAGCGGGAAUAAAUACAGAACUGAUUUGUCGAAACUAGACACAAGUUGGUCGACAUGAGGAUCUUGAUAUGCUUGAUGUUGGUGGCGACAGCCUUCGCCGAGGAGAAAAAUGUUAAGAAACGCGGUCUCUAUGGACUGGGUCUUGGAUACGGCGAUCUCGGUGGAUACGGUGGUGAAUUGGGACUGGGACUAGGACACGGAGUAUCUCUCGGACACGAGGCUCACACUGUUGUUCAGACUGUUCAGAAGACCGUUGAGGUGCCCAAACCAUACCCCGUGGCUGUACCCGUCGACCGUCCCUACCCAGUCAAGGUUCCAGUUGACAGGCCUUACCCUGUCCCUGUGAAGGUGCCCGUUCCCCAGCCCUACCCAGUCGUGCAGACCAAAACUGUUCACGUUCCAGUUGACAGGCCAUACCCCGUCCCCGUAAAGGUACCCGUUCCAGCGCCCUACCCCGUCAAGGUUGCUGUGCCACAGCCCUACCCCGUUAAGGUUGCGGUCCCACAACCCUACCCCGUCAAGGUUGCUGUACCUCAACCCUACCCCGUUAAGGUACCCGUUCCCCAGCCCGUCUACAUCAAGGAGCAGGUUCCUGUUGUUGUUAAGGCCCACGGUCACCUUGGAGAGCUUGACGGUCUUUCGGGAUACGCGUGCAAUCACCAAACUGUUACAUCGUUUCUAUCUCCUCUAUCCCAUACUUUGCCCAUAAAAAAAUCUUGUCACCCCACCAAAUCGCCAAUCUCACCCCUCUUCCUAAAAGUAAAAUGGAGUAUAGCCUCUGUUAUUUUACCUUCACCUGGGGAUUAUGCCUUCUCGAUCGGUGGAAUCCGCGAGAAAAUAUCGGAAGACUGGACGAGUCGUAAUCCUGUCAUGUUUUAUGUAGAUCUGAUGGCUAUCGUUGAAAGAAAAGUGUGGGAGAACACAGGCAUCCCAGGAUCUGGAAGUAUGAGCUCUCGACAGUUGCACAUAUCCCACCAUAUGUACCGUGUGAAAAUCCUCGGCAGAUCACCAAGAUUAUCCGAUUGCUCAAUUUCAAAAAUUGUUGAGAAGUAUUACGCAGAUGAACGACUACUUUUUCACGAGAAAAUUUAUGACGUACACGAUAACACGAGCCAAUUAAAAAAAAAUAGGCUUUUAUUUGAAAUAAGGAGAGCGGAGCGAAAUCCCGGGACUUUCUUCGACCUCGUGUCGCUCAUGUGGUGCGAUCAUCACAGAAACAGGUUACCUUGCGUCAUACGCGUCACACUGAAGUCUGAAAGUGAGAAGCUCUUGGUUGUCGGCCAGUGUCGCGAUGUUUUUCGGACGCUGGCUUGCGAGAGCACGCACACAAGGACCCAACUGUGGAAUACACCACCACUGGCAGCCAGGGGUUUCCAUGAUCAAGGUAUAAAAGAAGGCAUCUUCGCGAUGCUCUUCACAGUUGCAAUCCUGUUCAAGUCACAGCAACAUGCAAUUAUUUUCGUCGCCUUGAUGGGGCUGGCCCUCGCCGAGGAGAAGAAGGCUCCCGUUGACUCGAAAAAGGACAAACGAGGACUCCUAGGCCUCGGGUACGGAUACGGACAUGACAGUGGAUUCGGAAGUUACUCCAGUUUGUCGGAUCUCUCCUCCUUCUCCUCGGGUGUGUCGACGAUAAUCACCAAGGAGGUGGCUGUCCCCGGACCCGCCAUCGCAGUUCCCAUAGAGAAACACAUUCCAGUUCCAGUGAAGGUGCCGUACGCAGUGCCAGUCGAUCGUCCAUACCCAGUCCAUAUUCCAAAACCAUAUCCAGUGGAGGUCACCAGACAUGUGCCAGUUCCAGUCGACCGUCCAGUACCUGUACCAGUCAAAGUUCCAGUUCCAGCACCGUAUCCAGUCAAAGUACCUGAACCCUAUCCCGUGGAAGUUAUCAAACAUGUGGCGGUGCCGGUCUCUCAGCCCAUUAUCGUCGAGAAACAUCAGUCCGGAUACGCUGACGGCUGGGAUUCCGGAUACUCGUCGUACUCCUCUUGGUAAACUCACUAGCAGUCGAUCAACUUCUGUCCAGGUCAGCUAGUGAGGACAGAAUGGUCCUCUGGACGAGUGUCAAACGUCCGAGGAAGACCUCUGAGAUUAUGAGGAUAGGGAUGAGUUAAUGCUAGUUGUGUUCGUAGCAUUAAUUCGUUGACUAAUUAAGAGCUUUGAUCUCUAUAAGUAUUUUUACAUUGCUGGAGCAUGACCAAGUAUUGAAUACGUGGUGAUAACCACCAACUGUGCAAUAAAUGUUUUUAUUUCUUAA